GUCGAGCUUUAUUCCCUGGCACGUCAACAAUAAAUCAAAUAGAACGAAUUAUGAAUACAAUAGCUCGACCAAGUAGAGCUGAUAUAGAAAGUAUAGGUAGCCACUAUGCCGUAUCGGUGCUCGACAAAAUGCCUCAAAGGCCUAGAAAAACUUUGGAAUCCAUGAUAAACACUAGUAAUACUCAUGCUCUUGAUCUUAUCCAUAGGUUAUUGAUUUUCGCUCCACAUCGUCGCCUUACAGUCGAGCAGUGCCUCGUUCAUCCUUAUAAGAAAACGCACGUCAAGCGAAUACAACAUGAAAAAAUUAGAGUUUUUUUCUUGACUGAGCCGGCGACACGAACCUUCUCUUUUGCAUUUUUGGUACAUUUCCAGGGCGAACGACCACAUUCGACCGUAAUAGCGAAGCCAUCUACACCCACACGAGAAAUGAUGAAAGCUAAUGGCCGGAGUUCGUCGGGCACGGCUGGUGGGGCACCAAUCGCUCAAGCAGAAUGUAGCGAUACUGACUAUGACACGGCAAGAAGUUUGGCCAGAGCGGCA